GUUAAUGUUGUUAAUAUGUAUUAUUUUAUUUCGAGUAAAAAUUGUAAUCAUUUCUACUGUGAAAUUUAUCUCUCAAUAACUGCUUAUAUAUAAAAUAAUAUUAUAUGUCUCUAAAGUUAAAAAAUAGUUAUGUUUUUAAGUUUUUUUACCAAACACCGGCCCAUUGGGACAUUUUAAUAGACUUGUCUCCACACAGCUUUCGUACUUCCCAUUUUCCUCAGCUCUCGUUAGUCCUAGACACAUGAUUUAUACACCAAAAUAAACUUGAAAAGUUCCUCUAGAUGACCUAGUGCCAGUUUUUUUAUAUCUUUUUUUUUCUAUUUUAUAUGAUUUUUUAAAAAAUUCGAAAAUCUGGCACGAGGUCGUCUAGAGGAACGUCUCAGGUUUUUUUUGUUGUUUACAUAAUGUUUCUACGACUAACGAGAGCUGAGGAAAAUGGUAAGUACGAAAGCAUAUUUUUACGGUCGAAUUUCGCUACCAGAACGGCCACUUAAGUACCCGAUCGACUGUUCAAUUGGUAAAGAAUACGGUUAUCCAAAAUUGAAAAAAGACGUUUUAGCAAUGGCUACUGAAUUUAAAAAACAUGAUCUUGGACACGGAGACGUCGUGAUGAUUACAGACUAUGGCUCGUACGAAGGGCAAGUAGUUAUGUUAGCUGGAAUUUUAAUCGGGUCAACUAUAGCUGCAUUGGAUCACAGUUUAAGAAAAAGUGUCUUGAUAGCGACCAUUGACGAGUCCAAGCCAAGCGUAUUAUUUUGUAAUACGUUUAGUAUAAGUACAAUAACAGAUGUUUUAAAUAAUAUUACGCAUCAACCGAUAUUGAAGAUUUCUACUAUGGUUCGUGACGGCUUUACCACCUAUUCGAGUAUCUUUGUUGCGGCGGAAGAAAUUUCGUUUGUCCGUCCGAUAAAAUCAAAAAAUCCAAUUGGCCCAUGUGCUAUUAUAUAUUCGAGUGGUACUACAGGAACUCCGAAAGGAAUUUAUUUGUCGGACGAUGCUAUAAAAUCAACUUUAAUAAUGAUCAAGCAGUCAUUAAUGGAAGAACCUAUUGAAAACAAAUUUAUGAUAACUUCUCCUAUAUUUUGGUACUCGGGAAUUUUAUUAAUGAUGCUCGGUAUUCAUUUUGGCAAACCAAGACUAUUUUUCUCGACAAAACCAACCUCUGAACAAAUACUUAGUUCAAUACACAAAUUUAAACCAACAUAUUUUAUGACUGGUGUAGCUGCAAUCAAUGAAAUGAUGUCCUGUCAAAUGGAAAAUGGUCACAAGUAUAAUAUCCAGAGUUUAACGACAUGCGUAGUAGGUGGGUCACCGAUGCGAGCUGAUUUACAAAAAACAGUGGUAAACAAUUUACUGCGGGGAAGGAUACCGAUCAAACAACUGUACGGUACAUCUGAGCAGGGUAUAACAACCAUUUGGCCGAUGGAUUCGGGUAUAGGUACCGUUAGAGACGGAUCUGUCGGAAGACCAGCAGCUGGUAUAAAAAUCAAAAUUGUUAGCUUGGAAACUGGUGAAUGUGUUGGCCCCAAUACUGAAGGCGAAAUUCAUGUGAAAUCGGUGUCCAAUAUGAUGGGAUAUGUCAACGACAUGAAAAAAACGAUUUGUUCGUACGACGAGGACGGUUGGUUCAGAAGCGGUGAUAUUGGAUACUAUACGGACGAUUGCUAUUUGUUCAUUGUCGGUCGGAUUAAGGAGUUGAUGAUUUACAAGGGCCUGAGGAUCGUUCCGAUCGACAUAGAAACGGUUUUAUUAAGUCAUCCUGCCGUACUCGAUGCCGGAGUGACGCGCAAAUAAAGUGCUUACGGAGAUUUGUUGAUAGGAGUUGUCAAAGUCAAUUCUGGUCAAAAUGUCAAACCCGACGUACUCGUAUCGUAUGUCAAUGAUAGAGUGAAAGACCAUGAGAGACUGCGUGGUGGUAUUAUAUUCGUAGACGAUGUGCCUAGAUCUCCCGCUGGUAAAUUGAAACGAAAAGAACUUCUUAAUCUCGUAUAAUAAUUGUAUUUGCAUACAAUUCAUUAUUAUCAAUAAAAAGAACAUAACAGUAUAA